AUGCUGAAGCUUCAACUCGCUGGAAAUGCUGGAGCUUCAGCUCUCUGGAAGAAGAGGAACUGUUUAGUUCGAAGCUCGGGAAGAAAUUUAGCAAUGGCUGAACAAUCCGUGGUGCCGCGCCUGAAGCUCGGAACCCAAGGACUCGAGGUAUCAAAGCUAGGUUAUGGUUGUAUGGGGCUUUCGGGUGUCUACAAUAAUCCUGUUCCUGAGGAAGAAGGAAUUGCAGUAAUCAAAGAGGCAUUUAAUAAAGGAAUUACAUUUUUUGACACAUCGGAUGUUUAUGGUGCCAACAAUGCCAACGAGUACUUGGUGGGGAAGGCAUUAAAGCAGUUGCCUCGGGAAAAGAUUCAAUUAUCUACAAAGUUCGGCGUAGUAGGAUAUGAUACUUUUAAAAUCGUAGUGAAAGGUUCACCUGAAUAUGUUCGCUCUUGCUGUGAGGCUAGCUUGAAACGUCUUGAUGUUGAUUAUAUCGAUCUUUACUACAUACACCGAAUUGAUACUACUAUCCCUAUUGAAUACACAAUGGGAGAACUUGGAAGGCUAGUCCAAGAAGGAAAAAUAAAACACAUUGGAUUAUCUGAAGCUAAUCCAGACACAAUAAGGAGGGCUCAUGCAGUUCAUCCUAUAGCUGCUCUUGAAACGGAGUAUUCCCUUUGGACUCGUGAUAUCGAAGAUGAAAUCAUUCCACUUUGCAGGGAACUUGGGAUCGGAAUUGUUCCAUACGGUCCUUUAGGUCGAGGGUUUUUGGCUGGGAAGGCUGUAGUGGAAAGUGUGGAUCCAAAUAGCUCACUGAAAAAUCACCCAAGGCUUAAGGGAGAGAACUUUGAUAAGAACAAAGUCAUAUAUUUUCGUUUAGAAGCACUGGCUAAGAAGCAUGGAUGCACUCCUGCUCAACUUGCUCUUGCAUGGGUUCUUCAUCAAGGAGAUGAUGUUGUGCCGAUUCCAGGUACGACCAAAAUUAAGAAUCUCAACGACAAUAUUGGGGCUCUGAAAGUGAAACUUACAAAAGAUGAUUUGAAAGAGAUUUCUAAUGCAGUUCCCAUCAAUGAAAUAGCAGGAUCGAAAAGUUCUUCCGAGGUUGUUCAUCAAGUCUCAUGGGAAUUUGCGAAGACUCCACUCCCAAAAUGA